AUGGCUGCGAAGGCGAGGCUGGGGGCAGCGGCGGCAUUCUGGGCCCCCCUGAGGGGCUGCCUGCUCCUCGCGCUCCUGCUCCAGCUGCCAGGAGCAAGGGCCCUUUGCUACUUCCAUGCGCAAGGCAGCUGGCAGAGCCGAGGGCCAGAUCCAGUGCCAGCCCUCCUCCCUGACCGCCCUCCCUCCUUCCUUCCAGCCCCCUGCCUCUACAAGGAGAAGCACUUUGGCCCCGGAGAGUCCUGGCAGGAUGCCAACUGCUCCAAGUGCUUCUGCCUGGACCCCCUCGGCGUGGGCUGCUGCGACAUGAUGCAGCCUCCGGUCGACUUCCCCGCCUGGUGCGAAGCGCACUACGACUCCCGGGCCUGCAAGAUCUCGCUGGUGCAGAAAGGCAGGCCGAGGCUGCCCUGCGUGAACAACCUGGAGCCCGGCUGGGGGUCAGGCCAGGCCCCUGAGCAGCAGCCCGGCAGCCGAGGGGGGGCCAAGGCCCGGCUGGGGAGGAAGAGCCUGGAAGCGAAGCGCUGAAGGGGGGUUGUGCAGAAGCAGCGCCAGAGGCACCCAGAAAGAAAGAAAGA